AUGAUGUGUCUGUAGAAAAAUUUCACGGGUAUCAUCCUGAAAUUUCUGCACAAAUUUAAUUGAAUUUCCAACAGAAAUGGGUCUUUGCAAGUGUCCAAAGCGACAAGUGACUAACCAGUUCUGCUUCGAGCAUCGCGUAAAUGUCUGCGAGCACUGCAUGGUCCGGCAGCACAACAAGUGCAUCAUUCAAUCCUACCUGCAAUGGCUCAAAGACAGUGACUAUGAUAGCUCGUGCAAACUUUGCGGGAAUGCGUUGCAAGCGGAAGACAACGAACAGGAUUGCGUUCGACUAAUUUGCUAUCAUGUUUUUCAUUGGGACUGCCUGAACCAAUUUCAGCUUUCGCUGCCCUCAAAUACGGCGCCGUCAGGUCGGAAAUGCCCCAUGUGCUCGGAUCCGAUAUUUCCGCCGCCAAAUCUCGUGUCGCCCGUGUGUGAGGCGCUGCGAAAUAGACUUUCUCAGGUCAAUUGGGGACGAAAUGAGCUCGGAUUGCCUUUGCUCUCACACGAGAAACUAACGGCAUCUUUUACGCCGCCAAUGCCAAAAGAAAGCGCGGCUCAAAGUCGAAAGAGUGACUUUAUCGUCGGCAGCGAGGCAAUUCCGCGACCCGAAGUCUCACAUAGUAUUUUGAAUAUCGAAAGUGAUAUCCGAGAAAGUCGUCGACCACUGCUCGCCCGUGAACCGCCAAUCGGUUCGUCGGAUCGCGAUGACAACAAAUAUCAACGAAGGACGCCGCGCGAAAUUUUUUCCCGAUGGUCACGACGAUUUUACGCUCCCGCAUCGCGUCCCUUCUACAAGCGCACAUCGUUCAAGGUGAUAGCGGGCGUUUUGUUCUUCGUUUUUGUGAUUUAUCUGAUGGCGGCACUCGGAAGACGCUCGUCAAGCAGUAAUCCCAUGCUAGAUAUGGAAAUGAAUCCAAAUCUUAUUCAGCACGAGGAUUGAAAAGUCACAUUCCGAGAAUUUUUCUAUUUUUUUGUUUAAUUUUUUUUUUGCUUGUAAUUUUAUGUUGUCAUGUGUAAUUAAAAAAAAUAUAUUUAAUAUUAAAUAAAUUCAUUUAU